AUGAAGUUUAAGAUAAAUUUUACUCAAUAUUCUGAAGAUAUACACGAUUUAUACAUUUAUCAUUCAGUCUCUGUACCACACAACUUCUCAGGAAUUCCAGAAUAUACUCACAAAGAUGUUUUAGGCGAGAAAAUUUACAUGAUCAAGUUUAAUUCAGGAUAUGUAAUAGAAACAUUCAUGAUAUUGCCACCAAUUCAAUUACAUGAACCUUUAGGAUUAAAUUCUGAGUUUAAAAGUUUAUUUUUCAAUGAUAAUGAAGUAAAAUUCUUAUUUUCUACCACAAAUGAGUGGCACAUUAGUGUUACAUGGGAUAUUUCAUAUGGAGAAAUGAAUAUGAAUGAUGAGAAAGCAUGCCAUGUUAAAAAUCACACUCAUCAUACUUUAUUCUGUAAUUGGCCACCCCAAAAUAUGAAUCCAAGUAAGAAUGGAACAGUAUACAUCCAUAACGGAUAUUGGCUUGACCAAUUUCAGCAUUCUCUUGACCACGGAAUUCCAUCUAUGUCAACAGCGAUGAUUUCUAAUGAUAUUGAUCCAAAAACAACAACUUUGAUGACAACAUCUUGUAAUAAAUAUAUGGAUAUGAUCAUAUCUAAAGUCGGAUUUAGUUAUUCAGAAAAUUGUAAAAAUUCUUCAGAAAAAGUGUCAGCAAAGCGAUUAAUUGUUGUGGCAGUGAUGAGGAGCACGCAUACAUUAUUUUAUAGUUGGUAUUACGAUAAAAUGAAGUUUCCUGACAUGAAAAGGGACAAAAUAAUAAUUUUUCCAAGAAAAAGAAAAGGAUCGAAACAAUCAAGGAAUGAUAGAAUUGUAUUUAACUUGGUAGAUAUAAAGAAAUCAUUAGAAGACAGAUUUGGCCAAGAAAAUGUGUUUCAGAUUGAUAAUGGAUGUCAAAAUCUCAGUUUUUGCUUGGAUUUGCUUCCGAAAACUAAGUAUAUAAUUGGACCACACGGAGGAGCACUUUACAACGCUUUCUUUGCUGGAAAAGAUGUAAAUAUCAUUGAAUUGCUUCCGAUUAGGAAAAAUGGACAAUAUCCAGCAGCAAAUAACAAAUACUGGGCACCAAACUCUGUUAUUACUUUCGCUCAGAUGGCUUCACAGAAAAUUUACAGAUAUUAUACUUUUUCUAAUGAAAUUAAUUAUCUUAUGAACGUAACAGACUUUUUGAAUUGGUUUUAUAAUUCAACUAAUAAUAAUAAUAUAUAA